GAAAAAGGCAAAGAGAAUCAGCUUCCACAAACUUCUCUUCGAAGAAGCAAUGUAUAGUCCCAGAAAUAAGUUGCUUCUGUCCGAGUGUGGAUGUACCUUUACAAGCAGAUGGAUCGAUAAAUAUUCUAGAGACCGUGAAGUCUACU